AUGGCUUGUAUUCUCAUAAAACUCACGGUCUCUCAGGUCUUUACUCCAAUGUGUAAUAUGGAUUUUUUUAAAACUGAUGUUGAUGAAUGGACGUGCGAAAAUGUUAGAAAGUAUUAUCGAAAAAAUAAUGUCAACCAAAUUCUUGACACGAUCAACAAAGACCUCAAACGAAUUUCAAAAUCUGGCUCUGAUGCAACGCGUUGGAGUAUGGUCAAGCCGUACACUCUUGGUCGAUCGGUUAUGAACUCUUGGUUCGUACCUACUCUAAUUUUGGCAGAAGCUGAACAACUCUUGGUUGUUGAUUAUGAACUCUUGGUUCCUGCAAAGCCGUACACUCUUGGUCGAUCGAAAUGGACCAAAGACGAAAAGACACUUUAUCAGAUCGGACUGGUCUCGGACAGUCAACCUUUGGGUACCAUGAUAGAAAACUCACCUCCGGAUUCAGAUUAA